AAAUCAACUCAUUCCAAAGAAAGUCCACAAACCAACACAAAUCACACACAUCAUCUUCACCACGCCACGAACAACAACAAAACCAGCAUUUAUCUACGAAACAAAACCCAGAUUAAAAGCAAACACCACAAUAAUAAAUUCUUUUCUUCUCUCUCACUGAAACACAUACCAUACAAACUGCUUCAUCUGGAAGAAACCAAAAAAAAAAACAUUUUGUUUUAUUUCUGUAACUCUGUUCCUCUGUAUUUCUGCUCUGUUUUCCUCUGUCACGUUUUGUCUCAUCUUUCCACUCUGUUCUUCUCCAUCGCAAUCCAACCAUGAAACACGAUUCGACCCAUUUCACGUUUCCUCUCUCAACACGCCAAGUCUGCUGAACUCUUUUCGCAUUUUCCUCUACUGGGUCACUCGAGGAAUAGAGUAAAGAAUAAAACUUUAACUUCGGUUGAUCUGGGAUUCUUCAGCUCCAAUGGCGUCUUGCCCCGCGAAUUCCGUCACCUAUAACACCACCCUCUGCGCGUGCGCCCCCGGUCACGUGCUCCAGCGCGUGAGUAAUACGUGCGUGCUCUUCGAGGGGAACUCCACCAUCGCCACCGACUCCGGCGUCGACUACUACGCGCUCAGCUUGCCCAAGACGCUCUUCGCCUUCGACACCAUCAAGAAGUUCACGCAGUCGCAGGCUGUGUUCUUGGAAGCCACGCUCAUGAUGCUCAUCUCCUGGCUUCUUUUCUGCUUAUUUCUGAGGUUCACGAAGCUCGGUGAUGGAAGGAAUGUUUGGUUCAACAUCAGGUGGUGGAUCAGUAGGAUGGAUAUUUGCUUUGCCACCAGACACUGGCUGGAUGAUCAGAAAGUGGUCACCAAACGCAAAACAGAACUUGGUGGUGCUUUCUCCAUAGCAAGUUGGAUACUAUUUAUUGGAUUAUUUGCUGCGUUGUUGUACCAGAUCAUAUCAAAGAGAUCAAUUGAGGUGCACAAUGUAAGAGCAACAAAUGGACCGGAGUUAGCCUCUUUUAUCAAUGACAUGGAGUUCAAUAUAACAACUGUGUCUAGUAUGAGUUGUGCAAAUCUAAGGAAUCUGGGAAGUUUAGUUACUGGGAAUCCUGGGUCUAUUGACGAAAGAGUUGUUUCUCUGUCUACUUUAGCAAACUACACUUGUUACAACUCAAGCACAGGACCUACCCUUGUCAUCAAGUGUAAAAACUGCAAGGUCCACCAUGAUCGUAUGUAUAUUUCAUGGCAGUUUGUUGAUCUCCCCGACAAUCCUGCCACUGCUGUUGGUUUUCAGUUCAAACUUACUUCAAUGGAUAUUGCUAAGAAACAUACGAGUUUUGUUAGUGGAACGCUAAAGAAUGGAAGUGAUUUUAAUGAUAGCCCGGUUACAUUCAGAGGGAACAUAUCAAAUAUUUUGAAAUUCAAUUUGUUCCCUCGAAUAUACCAUAAUUUACAUGACCUAAAGCUCAUACAGCCUUUAUUUCACGAGUUCCUCCCAGGUUCAGUUUCACGUAAUACAAAUGAACUACUAGUAUCCCUUGAGAGUUCUGCUGAUGGACUGAUCAACACUACAUUGUUUAUCAAUUUCCUCUCUGAUUAUGUUGUGGAAAUCGAUAGAGAGAAUAUUUUGGGUCCUGUGAGCUUCCUUGCGGACCUUGGUGGCUUGUAUUGUAUUAGCAUAGGCAUCUUUUUCUACCUUUUGAUACAGUGUGAGUAUAGGAUAAAGAAGCUCAGAAAUGAAGAUAGCAUUUUGAGGAGAGUCAGAAAUAGGCGUAAGGCUCAAGAGCAUUGGGACAAACUGAGGAAAUAUGUGAUCUACACCUUUGGCUGUACUGCACUGGAGGACAAGUAUAAGAGCACCGGAAAGGCAACAGAUUGUGGUGGAUGUAUGUUGCAUUCAGUUCGUGGUAGUGGUUCAUCAAAUAAGCGAAGGCUGAAAAGCAGAAGAGAUUCCAUAAGUUUGUACACGAAACCUAGUUUACCUUCCAACAAGUCAGUGACAUGCGAACCGCUUGGAUCCACAAACGAUUCAAAACUGCAUUCUGAAAAUAUGGAAAAGCAGCAGAAUGUUGGUCCAUGCAAGGAUCCCACACAAUCUCAACCUCAAGAAUCUUCUAUUAUUGAUGGCAACCUGAUUCCUCCUCCACCUUCACUAGAAUUUAAGGAUGGCUCUCAAAUGGACUUGACCGAUAUUCAGAAGAAUCUAAAAAAUUUAUACGAGUAUAAUCUCAUGCUAAGGGACAAAUUAUUAGCAACACAGUCUCUUCUCAAUUCUUCCUCAUCUAGCCACACUUCUUCAGUAAAUAACAAGGAAACUUGAGUAUCUUUGUAAACAGGAGUAUUUGUCAAUGCGUGUUGGUCAGAUAGUUCCGCGAUUUUUACAAGCAUGGACGUUCUACAAUGGAAGUUGAUUCUUAAUUGAAAACUGACCAAAUGGGAGUAAAGAUUGAGAUAUCUUUGCAAAAUACAAAUGGAAGGAUGUGCUGCAUGGACUCUGCAAUUCUUGGCCAGAUAUCCCUUCCUACGUUUAAAGCUGCUAAGUGUGGACUAUGGAUUCUGAUCCACCUUUGUGUGAGAAAAGGAGUUCUUCUUUCAUGCUAAUAUUCAUUUCACAUAACCUUGUACAGCCAUUGAUUUGUUUUGUACACAGUAGAGUAGCAUGGAACUUGUUCUUACAGUCAUUAUUGUUGUGAGAGUCCUUCAGAACAUGGCUAUUCUUGGCUUAUUUCACGGAUUUCAUUUUUGCAUGUUAUGAUAAAUGGAAUACUUCAAGAGAGAUAAUAAUUCCUCGACCAACAGGGUCCAAUACAA